AUGCCUUCAUUGCUUCACAUCCGCACCUUUUCCAGCGGCUACACAGCGUUAUUUGGCGACGCCAUCGACUCUAUUGUCCAGUCUUUCGCACCGAACGCGCCGCCACCGAAACACGCGUACCAUGUAACUCUCAUGACCAAAGAAGAAUCAAGAGAGCUCUCUGACCGUGGUGCUACAUCGCCAUUCACCGAGAACUCUACGGUUGAGGACCUCGUCCCUAUCGGAUGUGGGAGUAAUUGUGAGGGAACCUUCAUUGUCGUCCUUAUCAACUCUGCAGCAAAAGCUCGCAAAACCGCAGCACUGCCAAUAAGGGACUUUCACAUAACCCUCAUCACUUCAGACCAUGUCUCUCCAGACCCACUCGACAAGGGCCUUGCUACUCUGGUAUCAGAUCCCCUCGCCCAUGGAAAUAACCUGUCCCCAAGCCUCCUCGAUGCUCUUUAUAUCCACCACAAGAUUCGAAAUGAAUGUUUCGAAGCUGAAAAGGUGGCAGGACGUAUCGUCGCCGCUGACGUUGAAUCAUUCAAGUCAUUUGGAAGGCUGGGAGAGAUGAGCCUCUGUCUCCACCGACACAAUCUUGCAAUGCUGGCGUUCGGACAAGUUUACGAUCUCACCACCUCCCCAGAUGUCCAACGCUACUCAUUAGCCAAGAUCGUUGAAUGUUCAGCAUUUACUGAAUGGGGAAGUACUAUGACAGCAGAUGAGUUGGAUGAGUUCAACAACACGAUGGAAAGCUUGGAAGUAAGAAAGGCUCUACUGAGACCUUGGAGCGAUGAAUUGAAGACGGCAGUGGUGGCGGAGACGGAGGGAGAGAACUACGUUCCUCCGAUGUUGCAGAUCGAGUCGCGGACGAGGGUUUAUAGAUGGAUAAUUCCAUUCCGACUGGCAGUUUCAGCGGAACCUCGGGAUGAGUCUGACAUCGACAUCCUCGCCUCCCCGGCUCUCGGGAUUCGACAUAUCCUUACUUUAACGGAAGAACGAAAACUCCAGUCGUCUUGGUUCCAGCGUAGAUCAAUAUCCAAUACCUUCCUCCCAGUAAAGGACAUGUCACCACCUUCGAUCGAACAAUUUGAGGCAUUUUUGAGCUUAGCCAACAACUCACAGGCUAGUCCACUUCUAGUACACUGCGCCGGUGGCAAGGGUCGAGCUGGAUCGAUGAUUUGUGCCUACCUUGCAUGCUACGGCUUCGCCAGAUCCACCCACCGUCAGCCUUGGUAUUACCCAGCCAUGGGUUGGAGACAAGCUCUCGAAAUUUUACGAAAUAUCCGGCCCGGUUCAGUCGAAACAGAGGCCCAAGAACAGCGAAUCAAGACAUUCAUGGCUCACGUCGCAAAGCGUGGAUCGGUACUUCCUCCGACUAUGGAAGAACCUACAACCCCAGAUCCAGUCAUCGAGGGCACAAUCAGCAAGUCUACAAACCUCAUUGUUUUAGUCGGUCUUCCAGGGUCCGGGAAGUCUUCUUUUCGUAACGCGCUCGUCGCCCGAGAUCCAUCAUGGAGAUACAUCUCAGGAGACGAAGAUGGAGGAAGCAACGCUCUCAUCACCGCCGUGUCAAAUCAUUGCCACGGGAAACUGAUAGUGGACCGAGUCAAUCCGACUACAGAGAGUCGUAAAUACCUCCUCGAGUUGACACAUCACGCUAACGCCCCCAUCUGCGUAUAUUUUGACGUUCCGGCGACACUUUGCCUCGAGCGAGCUCAGAAGAGAACCGAUCAUCCAACGUUACCACCAGGCGGCAGAGUCAAAGCGGCCAUUAAACAAUUUGAAGCGACAUUGGAGAAGCCGGAACGAAAGGAAGGAUUCGACGCCGUUGUCACCAUCACGUCGAUCCCAUCCAGUAUUGCCCUCGUCCACCAACUCGCCGCACCAAUAACCCUGUUCAAGUUCCCAAGAACUGCACAUUUGAUAAACGUUGGUGCUGCUACAGAGGACGACUUGACUCGACCUUUGGCUGUCUUCAAUGUUCGUCAGGGGUCUCAGGUCAUUGUAACGGAAAAGGUUGAUGGCGCGAAUGUCGCGUUAUCUCUUGAUUCAUCACGGAGGAUACUGACACAAAAUCGGUCUCACUAUGUUAACUCUGGGACACAUAUCCAGUUUAAGAAGCUGGGACUUUGGGUUGAUAACCAUCGUGAAGAGCUAGAUAGUUUACUGGGAGCAGAUGAGACGUUCAUUGAGCGGUUUGUUCUGUUCGGAGAAUGGAUGGCAGCGGUACACAGUGUACAUUACUCUCAUCUCCCCGACCUCUUCAUCGCCUUCGACUUGUAUGAUCGAGUGGCUCAGAAAUUUGUCUCACGGAAAGAGCUCGAGUGGCGCCUCAAGGGGACCAAGAUCCCUUUGACACCCGUAAUUCAUGAGGGUGAUAUAUUAUCUGAAGAGGAGAUGCUUCGUCUCAUUCAAACCCAAUCAAGCUUCGCCGAUGGCCGUCUAGAGGGGAUCUACGUUAAGAUCGAGGAUGAGAAUUGGGUCUUGGACCGGUGA